UAUAACAUGCAUAUAAUCUUUUCAAGCUAAUUACUACCCGUUUCCACAACUUAAUCCCUCCUUAAAAUCCCAUUUCUCAACUUCUCAAAUUCCUUGCAAAAUCAACUCUUAACAAAAUAAAUAAUAAAAAAUGGGAACACAAUUGGUAAACCAAGUCCCCUUAGAAGAAGAGAUCAUUUUCCGAAGCCGGUUCAAGGCGGUUAAGGUGCCGGAAAACGUUAGUUUGCCGGAUUUUGUCCUACAAGACGCGGAGUUGUACGCCGAUAACGUGGCAUUUGUCGAUGCGUUGACCGGAAAAGAGUUAACGUAUAGUCAAGUAGAAAGGGAUACAAAGAGGUUUGCAAGGGCAUUAAGGUCACUUGGCCUAAGAAAAGGACAUGUUGUUAUUGUUAUCUUACCAAAUAUGGCAGAAUAUGCAAUUGUUGCUCUUGGUAUUAUGGCUGCCGGCGGUGUGUUUUCCGGUGUGAAUCCGGCUGCUCAUGCGUCGGAAAUUAGUAAGCAAGUUGAGGCGGCUGAUGCUAAGCUUAUUGUUACCAAUGGUACCAUAUAUGAGAAGGUGAAGGAUUUGAGUCUACCAAAAAUAAUCCUAGGAGAAGUAAAAAUCGGAGGAAAUUCAGGUGCAAUCUAUUGGGAAGAACUCCUCCAAGCAGCCGACAAGACCAAAAUCAACCUCGACUCUGAUCCCAUUCAUGAAAACGAUCUUUGUGCACUUCCAUUUUCAUCAGGAACAACGGGACUUUCUAAAGGAGUCAUGUUAACACACCGUAACGUAGUCGCUAAUCUGUGUUCUACCCUCUUUAGUGUCCCUAAAGAAACCAUAGGGAAAGUCACAAUCCUUGGACUAAUGCCCUUUUUUCACAUAUAUGGUAUCACAGGAAUAUGUUGUGCUACCCUUAGAAAUAAGGGUAAGGUGGUUGUUAUGGGUAGGUAUGAGUUAAGGACAUUUUUACAUGCCCUAAUAACUUAUGAGGUUAAUUUUGCACCUAUUGUGCCACCUAUUAUACUUGCUUUGGUUAAAAAUCCUAUUGUGGAUGAGUUUGAUCUUACUAAGAUUAAGCUUCGAGCGAUUAUGACUGCGGCCGCUCCUUUGGCACCCGAAAUCCUUAAUGCCUUUGAGAAGAAGUUUCCUGGUGUUCAAGUACAAGAGGCAUAUGGACUUACAGAGCAUAGUUGCAUAACACUAACACAUGCUGAACCAAGUCAAGAGCAUGGUGGAAUUGCAAAGAGGAAUUCAGUAGGGUUCAUCCUACCAAACAUCGAGGUUAAGUUCAUCGAUCCCGAGUCCGGCCGGUCCCUCCCUAAGAACACCCCUGGAGAACUAUGUGCAAGAAGCCAAUGUGUAAUGCAAGGCUAUUACAAGAACGACGAGGCGACUCAACAAACUGUGGACAUGGAUGGAUGGCUUCAUACUGGAGAUAUUGGAUUCAUAGAUGAUGAUGGAGAUGUAUUUAUAGUUGAUCGUAUCAAAGAGUUAAUUAAAGUCAAAGGCUUCCAAGUUGCUCCUGCUGAAUUGGAGGCUAUUCUUCUGUCUCACCCUUCAAUUGAAGAUGCAGCCGUUAUCCCAUUACCAGAUGAAGAUGCAGGGGAGGUUCCCGCUGCUUGUGUCGUAAUCAACCGAGACGCGACAGAGAGUGAAGAGGACAUAAUGAACUAUGUUGCAUCUAAUGUAGCAAGUUAUAAACGUGUUCGGUCGGUUCAUUUUAUGGAAACUAUUCCGAAAUCGCCGUCCGGGAAGAUUAUGAGAAGGAUUCUUAAAGAGAAGAUCACCGAAAAGAUCAAGGCGAACGUCAAAUAAGUUUCAAUAAAUUCUACUACGUUUCACAUAAGACUACAGAGAUAUACGCUAGAUCUGAUUUGAACGUCUCUACUACUUAAUUUGUUGAAGUUGGAUUUAUCAAAAGUUUAUAUCGUUAAUUAUUAGAGGUUCAAUCUGUGUCAAAAAUGACAAACAAUUAGAAUUUGCAUUAUUUAAAUUAAAAUCAAUAUUUCACAUACUCAUAUGUUGAGUAUGUGAGAAGAAACUAAUAAACUAUAGGAGUCGUGGAACCUUGUGCAUAAUAGAUGCUCCGUGUAAUUGGAGCAUUUACGCGAAUCAAUGGUAAUAAAGCGAAAUCUAUCUGUUUUGAGUAAGUCAA